AUGCACUCAUCAUAUUCUCUAUCCAAAUGCCUCGUUUGUUUCACCAUCUUGGCUAUACAAACUCUCAUACGCCGCGUUUCAUCCCUGAACCGUACCAAUGCAUACUUGAACCACAAAUGCCUCGUCAUCAUCAAGGGAAAUAUAAGCGGCAGAGCGAGUACGAGGAAAACCUUAACUAUAUUAUUGAUCAUAUCUCAUCUACCCAAAAAUUUCCGGAUGGUUUCACACACACAUCUCGUGGCGAGGCUCCAAAUUUUGUCACCAUCGUAUUUCAAUGUCGGGGCGACUCCUACGGUUCCAAGUGUCGUUCUUGCUAUGCCACCCCCAUCUCAGGGAUUCGUAGGAGAUGUCAAGGAUACAAGGGAGCAAUUAUAUGAGUCGUUCAACAAAAAGACUAGGGAUUUCCUCUACAAUCUGAUGCUGAAAGCUGAUAAACCCAAAAGCCGGUAGUUAUGCGGCUGGUGAAAUGAGGCUUGGGACGAAAAACUUGUAUGCAAUGGUGCAGUGUGCUCUAGACAUAUUUGAAUGUAAAGUUUGUUUGGAAUGGAGUAUCAAUGAGCUUUCCAAGUGCUGCCAUAGUAAAAAAGGAGCAAGAUUUUUGGGUACGAGCUGUAAUAUUAGGUAUGAGCUAUACCCUUUUCUUUCGACUUAAGGACUCUUUGAUGAUGAUGCAUAAC